AUGGCGGACUUGCUGGCCUCAGCGAUGGGUCAAUUGGGGUUGAAUUCCAAUGAUCUCGCCCCAUCGGCCUUCGAUGCGCGGCUUGCAGAAGAAGAGAAUGGCACACAUGAGGACUUGAAGCCUCGCAAGCGAAUCCACCAAAAUGCCGAGGACCUUUUGGCAGAGUUGGAGAAUGAUUUCUUGACCCCGUCACCGCGGUUUAGUAUCAAGUGGUUGAACCAUCUGCAAAAGCGAUGGGAUGCCUCGACCGACUACACCGACCUCUUCGAAAUUGCUCCCACCCAGACGCGCACCGUUACUCGAUUCACACGGGAAGGAUUGGAAGGACGGGUGACUGGAUACCACGAAGUUACUGUUCCUGCUACAAGCACAAAUGCAAAGAACUCUACGUCCCUCCUUCGCCGACCUGCUGGCCGUGCCGAUUUUGCUCUUGCGGCCAUGGAAGCCGAUGCGCAAACGACAGAGCAAUCGCGAAGUGGUGGGAAACAGUCUGGUCUUGACCGAAUCAUUGAUUUUGGGUCGGAGGGUGGUCUGUUGACCAUCCCGCCGGGGUUCAGUCGCGGCCUAAAGCUUGAGGAGGCAAAGUCCAAAGAAGGCGCCGAGGGAGACAAAGAGGUCGAGCAUGCUCUUCUCCAAGAGGAAAGCCAUCUGCAAGUUGACGAAGCCGAACCAAAAUCAGAUGUCGACGCACGGUCAAAGGUUGAGGGUGAAGGCGAUAUCAGCGAUGAGGAAGAGGAAGACAUUGAUGCUCUGCUUCCCGUCGAAUUCCCUGCUCUAGAGCCACACAACCUAUUAUUGGCAGGAGUUCAAAAACAAAGGGGCCGAGAAUGGGCUCACGUUGUGGACGUGAACAAAGAUAUCCCUAACUUCAGCGAGCUAGUCCCGGAUAUGGCCAGGGAGUGGCCCUUCGAGCUGGAUACAUUCCAGAAAGAAGCUGUCUACCACCUUGAAGGUGGCGAUUCGGUGUUUGUUGCAGCCCACACUUCCGCGGGCAAGACUGUCGUGGCUGAAUACGCAAUUGCUUUGGCGGCCAAGCACAUGACGAAGGCAAUUUACACGUCUCCUAUCAAAGCUCUCAGCAACCAGAAAUACCGCGAUUUCCGAACUACCUUCGAUGAUGUUGGAAUUCUGACUGGAGAUGUCCAAAUCAAUCCCGAGGCAAGCUGCUUGAUUAUGACAACCGAGAUCUUACGAAGUAUGCUUUAUCGAGGAGCUGAUCUGAUUCGUGAUGUCGAGUUUGUAAUCUUUGACGAAGUACACUAUGUGAAUGAUCUUGAACGGGGUGUGGUUUGGGAAGAAGUUAUUAUCAUGCUUCCUGAGCAUGUCACUCUGAUCCUCUUAUCUGCCACUGUCCCCAACACUUACGAAUUCGCAUCCUGGGUGGGUCGUACGAAGAAGAAGGACAUUUAUGUCAUUUCGACUCCCAAGCGACCCGUUCCGCUCGAACACUAUCUCUGGGCAGGGAAGGACAAGUUCAAGGUCGUCGAUUCAAACAAGCGAUUCCUAGAGAGUGGCUGGAAGAAAGCAAACGACAUCAUGUCAGGCCAGGAUAAAAUCAAGGCUCAGAAGGCUGCCGAAUCCCAAGCGCAGUCCCAGGCUGCGCGCGGAGGAGGCGGACCUCAAGGGCGAGGCCGCGGACAGCCCAAUGGCCGAGGUGGCGGCGGCGCCCCUAGAGGCAAUGGGCAGCGGGGAGGCCCGCAACAACGAGGCAGAGGGCAAGGUGGUCGAGGACAGCCCUCUAAUCGAGGCACAGGAAAUAUUGCUCGUACUGGCCGCGGAGGCGGCAGGACGUCAGCUGCCCAGGACAGGAAUGUUUGGGUGCACCUGGUAUCCCAUCUGCGCAAAGCGGAUUUACUCCCCGGAUGCAUUUUCGUCUUUUCCAAGAAGCGAUGUGAAGAAAAUGCGGAUUCGCUGUCCAAUCAGGACUUCAGCACUGCCUCGGAGAAGAGCUUGAUUCACAUGUUUAUUGAGAAGUCUCUCACCCGGUUAAAGCCCGAAGAUAGAACGCUUCCACAAAUUCUUCGGCUUCGUGAACUGCUGAGCAGAGGAAUCGCUGUACACCACGGGGGUCUCCUGCCCAUUAUGAAAGAGAUUGUUGAGAUUCUGUUCGCCAAGUCUCUGGUUAAAGUUCUGUUCGCCACAGAAACGUUUGCCAUGGGUCUAAAUCUGCCGACUCGAACGGUUGUUUUCUCGGGAUUCCGAAAACACGACGGCAAGAGUUUCCGCGAUCUUCUUCCUGGUGAAUAUACGCAGAUGGCUGGGCGUGCUGGCCGAAGAGGCCUCGAUACAGUGGGCUACGUUAUCAUAACUACCAGCGGCAGAGAUGAGGCUCCCCCGCUGUUCCGGCUGACGUACAAUAUGAUUUUGAACCUCCUACGUGUGGAGGCUCUCAAGAUCGAGGAGAUGAUCAAGCGAAGUUUCAGCGAGAAUGCCACACAAGCCUUGCUUCCGGAGCAUGAGAAACAAGUCCAACUAUCAGAAGCCAGUCUCGAGAAGAUUAAGCGGGAGCCCUGUGAGAUUUGUGAUUUGGAUCUAGCAGCUUGCCAUGCGGCAGCGAUGGAGUAUCAAAGACUCACGAAUGAGUUGCAUGCGAGCCUGCAAUCAUCGCCUGUAGGGAAACGGCUCUUUACUAUUAAGCGACUCGUGGUUUAUCGAAAGGAUGGAUUGCGCACAGCCGGUGUGCUUGUCCGCGAGGGAGUGACCGGUGGGAAUAUUCCCUGCCUGCAGGUGUGCGAAAUUGGCACCAUCAGCAACAAACGCCACCCGAGCGAUAUUCUACCCUUCUUACCCAAAUUCCGCCCGUUCUUCCAGCAACUGCCCACCAGUUCUGCGAAUAUGCAUCUGAAGACAUGCAAAAUACCGCUCGCCGACCUUGAGUGCGUCACGAACACCCAGGUGAAGCUUGGAGGGCCGAUCUGGUACUUGAACAUCAAGAAAGAGGCCGUUAAGUUCGCGGAUAAGGAGCUCACCAAGUACACCAAAUCAUGGACCGACCAUACGUGGGACGAGCUGGAUUGGGCGCGAGUCAAAGAGUUGCAAGUGCGAGAUAUACUCGACCAGCGACAAGCGCAGGCCGACAUUGCCCAGUCCUGUCAGAGUUUGAAGUGUCCUGAUUUCUUGAAGCAUUUUGAGAUGCAACAUGACGAGUGGCAGGUCAAGGAGAAUAUCUCGCAGCUCAAACAACUCAUGUCGGAUCAAAACCUCCAACUCUUGCCGGACUACGAACAGCGUAUCCAGGUGCUGAGGGAACUGGGAUUUGUGGACGAGCAGGCGCGUGUGCAAUUGAAGGGCAAGGUAGCAUGCGAGAUUCACUCGGCCGAUGAGCUUGUUCUUACCGAAUUGAUUCUGGAGAACGUGCUGGCCGAAUUCGAGCCAGAAGAGAUUGUCGCCCUGCUCUCGGCCUUUGUCUUCCAGGAAAAGACCGACAACAAACCGACGUUGACCCCACGCUUGGAGAAGGGACAGGAAACGAUCGUGCGGAUCUCGGAGAAGGUCAAUGACUUCCAAGUGCUGCACCAGGUCAUCCAGUCCAGCGAGGACUCGAACGACUUCGCCAGCCAGCCGCGCUUCGGGCUUGCUGAGGUCGUGUAUGAGUGGGCUAAGGGAAUGUCCUUCAACCGCAUCACGGACCUGACGGAUGUGAUGGAGGGGACGAUUGUGCGCACCAUCACGCGGCUGGACGAGACGUGUCGCGAGGUCAAGAAUGCCGCCAAGCUGGUGGGCGACCCGUCGCUGUAUACGAAGAUGCAGCAGGCGCAGGAGCUGAUCAAGCGGGAUGUGAUUUUUGCUGCGUCGCUGUACAUGUAA